AUGUCUCGCCGGCAAGACAGGAAUACAUACCGGGACCCACGAGGGCGCCGGCAGCCAAGUUGGCGGGACAUGUUGGUACAUGGAGGGGUGGUAGCGCCCAGGACUGGCCAGGAAGCUUUGGUUCGCGUGCCGCGAGAUCUCAGAGGCAGGUCGAGAGCCAAGCCGAGAGCCAAGUCGAGAGCCAGAGAGGCAUGGUACGAGGUCCCCUCCGCGGGUCUCUCAGACAAAGAUGUACAGCGUUCAUGGUUCAUUACGGAGCUUCUGGCUUCACACUGGGUAGGGGAGACCCUGGUGAGCGGAGCUGAAGCCGGCCUGCCCAUUGGAUUUGGCGGCAAGAGCACAUGCAAGCAGAGCACAGCGGGCGGAAGCAAUGACGAGACGCACUUCGUAACUGUUGCUUUUGGCAUAGGCCGGAGACAUGGGCCGGGGUUCAAGGGCCUUUGGGGUCUUUUGUUCUCUGGUGCUGGUGCUGGUGCUGGGAUUGUCCCGGCGGGCUCGUGGGUGGAGGCGGAAAGCGGUUGUGACCUGGCAGGCCAUCCAUCGAGCCAUGGUGGUCGCGGCGAUUGCCCAAUCCCAUGGCGCUCGCCAGGGAUGGGCAUCACGGUUGACGACGGUGUCAGGCCGGGCGAGCAAGAAGGGCUCGAGCUGAGACAUCACAGCCAAGCUGGUUGGACAGCCAUUAGCCGGGACGCCGCCCGCAGCGUACAGUCCCAAGAGGCAAUCUCGCAACAAGCCUUCUUCCAAGGAGAGAACAAGGCCAGCCAGCCAAAAGGACCGCAGUCGCCAGACAAGUGGAGGGUGCGAGUGGAACAUGGCGCUUCUGGCACCCAUUCAGAGGAGGCGCUCAUCACUUGA